GCAGUCCUGAGAGGUGCUCUCGGCUGGGAUCUCAGUGCGUAUGUUGUCUUUUUCCAACUCUUUGUGGAUGUGGCUGCCAUCAAUGACGAACCGAAAGAGGACACUCUGGGAAACUUGUACGUUAGGGCUAUUCCUUUCCCAAACCUCGCUGACCUCUGAAAAGGAUUUAAGCCACUUGGACUUCUCUUUCCCUCGAAUGUUUGUGAAUUUUCAGAAAUCAAAUAAGAAUUUUCUUCAAGUGUGGAGAUGGCAAAGUUGCACAGGCUCUAUGUAUUACUACUAACAGCUCUAGCACUGUGGAGACGUUGUUUGGCAGAAUGGAACGCCACUGAUGGGUCCUCCAACCAAACCGCAUCUGUCUGUCAAGACAACUGCACAGCAGAGAAAGACACAGAACAAUCGAAUGGACACUUCUCAGACUGUCCUAAGGAGCUGCUUUAUUACUGUAUUCAUGGAGACUGUCGUUACAUCAAGGAGCAAAAGGCACCAUCCUGCAGGUGUCACAACAAUUAUGAAGGCGCCAGGUGUGAAUAUGUGUCGUUGGGCUGGCUAAUAGGUGACAGAGGACAAAUCAUAAUAGGCUGCUCCAUUGCAGUGCUUCUGCUGUUGAUGAUCCUCGUUAUUUCCAUCUGCGUCUGUUCACAUCGCAGGUGCAGAACGUGUGGACGGAGCAGAAGACAGACAGAGGAGCUGAGAAACGGAACAGAGAAACGCAGCAUGCUGGACUUGAGUACACCAGAGUCUACAGAACCGACACAUAUCAGCUCAGUAUGAAGACUCUGUCAGGGAUGCCUGUAGGCAUCACAUGUUUACACACAGGGCUGCUUCUGGCUGCAGGCUCACAGUAAAUGCAGGAGGCAUCGGAUGGUCCCUGGUCAGCAUCAAGGCCGAUGAGGAACGCCGCUUCACAGGAAAAUAUGUCAACCUGUGACAGAAGGUCAGAAGAUUCCUCUUGUCCUUCUGGUGACCUGCUGUGUUUGGAACACUAAACAAGCUUAUGGGGGAAAAAACAAAACAAGAGGAAGAUGCCCUCCUGGAUUUAUGAUAAAUACAAAUUGGGGAAGAGUGUUCAGCUGCCUGGGUGCUGAAAAGGAAGCUUUUGUUUAAAAAUUGUGGAGCAACAGACAUGGCCUUUUGCCGAGUGCUGCUGAUCAUGCAGCACCAAAUAAAUUGUUGCUAUGUUGGAAAAAGCUGCGAGGCCAGCUGGCAGCCAAUAAUAACACUCCGUCAGGUUGGCCUGGACCCGGCAUCUGCAGGAGACGCAUCUACACUGUGAGAUGAGAGGAAAACGACUGUCCUUUUAGGGAAACUGAGCUGCAGAGAUCAACCUUUAUUCAGCUUGUAACACAACCACAGCAACAGGCUCGUUUACUGCUUGACUAGCUUUUAUGUGCCACGUAAUGAUCAGUUAUCACUUUCAACUUAUCACUACAGAGCCACGUCUCCACAUAUGCUCGCAGACGACAUUGUUACUCAUGUGCAUGACCAGUUCAAGAAGAGGCCCGUUAAGGUUGGAACUACAUUAACCACACGGUUCAAAAAGAACAAGCAGAUCUUGUGCUGGAGGCCUUUUUUUUAUCUGGAUAUUUGGAGCCGAGUGGCCUGGAGGCUACAGAAAAGAACAGCUGAGUCUGUGUUCAAGGGCUGACAGUGCUGCUCUGUUUCGUUUCGCAGCUGCCAAACUUUCCCUGAGAUUUCAGGAUGUAACUAUGUAGACAUGAACUCGGAGUCAGGUAAACCUCUCAUUUAUAUCACUUAUCAAUAAACAUGCUGUUGCUUACUUUACUUUUACUAAAAAAAUCAUGUAUAUUUACCUCUUGACACAAAUCCUUUGCCCACAGUUUGUCUAAAAGAAUAUUUCUGCAAAGAAUCAGAGUCGAAGAGCAGACAAAGUGAAAAAGAUAGUUCACGUUUAAAUUUCUGGAGAAUCCUUUUAUAGCAAUUUUCCAAAUAAAAAAAAUA